UCUUUUCUCUCCACCUCUCUCUCUCCCACUCCCUCCGCCAUUCCAUCAGGUCCUCACAAACACAGAAGUUCAGAGGGAAGACAGCUCCCUUACCAGAGAAGGAAAGAAACAAAGAAACGGAGGAAGAGAGAAAGAGUGAGGGGAAUAAAAAAAGAAGUGGUAUUAACAGUGGAGGACAAGUUUUGGAGGAGAGGAGAGCAAAGGGAGAGAGGGGUGGUUUGGGUGGGGGGUGGGUAGCGUACAAGGCUGCUCCGUCUGUCUCCUCUAUCCCUCCGUCUCCGUCGCCGUGGGUUCACAGCUCUCCCUCCCCCCCUCCCUCGCUCCCUACCUCCCCCGCUCGCUGCUGGCGGGAGCCUCCGAGCUGCUGCGGCGGAGGUCGUCUCGGAUGGAGUCGCCGAGAGACGUAGGAGGAGAGACGAUGGAGCGCGGGGAGCGGGCCGAGCCUCUGACCGAUGCCGAGCGGGAGAUCAUCCAGAACACCUGGGUACACGUCUACGAGAACUGCGAGGACGUGGGCGUGUCGGUCCUCAUAAGGUUCUUUGUGAACUUCCCGUCGGCCAAGCAGUACUUCAGCCAGUUUCAGGACAUGGAUGACCCAGAGGAGAUGGAGCGCAGUGUCCAGCUGAGGCACCACGCCCGCCAGGUGAUGGGCGCCAUCAACAAGGUGGUGGAGAACCUCCACGACCCAGAGAAGGUGUCCUCUGUUCUGGCUCUGGUGGGCAAGGCGCAUGCUGUCAAACACAAGGUGGAGCCUAUGUACUUUAAGAUCCUGUGUGGUGUAAUGCUGGAGGUGUUCUCGGAGGACUUCCCAGAGUUCUUCACGGCAGAAGUGCAAAUGGUGUGGACCAAACUGAUGGGGGCGGUGUACUGGCAUGUGACGGGCGCCUACACAGAAGUUGGCUGGGUGCAGCUCUCCAGCUCGGCAGUGUGAGGGGCGAUAGCGGGGGUGAUUUUUAGGGCUGAGACUGUUCAUAGAAUAUCUUGUUGUGUUCAACUUUUGGGGGAGUCUUUCCCCUCUCCCUGCUGACUCAUUGUGUGUACUUUACUGUAUAGCCCCUGAGAUGUUGUCUGUAUAGCCCCCGAGGCGUUGUCUGUAUAGCCCCAGAGGUGUUGUCUGUAUAGCCCCUGAGGUGUUGUCUGUAUAGCCCCAGAGGUGUUGUCUGUAUAUCUCCUUAGGUGUUUUCUAUAUAGCCCCUGUGGUGUUGUCUGUAUAGCCCCUGAGGUGUUGUCUGUAUAGCCCCUGAGGUGUUGUCUGUAUAGCCCCUGAGGUGUUGUCUGUAUAGCCCCUGAGGUGUUGUCUGUAUGGCCCCUGAGGUGUUGUCUGUAUAGCCCCUGAGGUGUUGUCUGUAUAGCCCCGGAGGAAUUGUCUGUAUAGCCCCGGAGGAAUUGUCUGUAUAGCCCCGGAGGUGUUGUCUGUAUAGCCCCUGGGGUGUUGUCUGUAUAGCGUACAGUAAGUGAGCGUGUGUAUUCUCUAUGCCCUCAUCCAACCCUCAUUGUAGUAUUGUAAAUCUCCAAUGCUUUCAAGGGAACUAAGGGCUCCAUUUUAGGGAGUUUUGUUGCUCACUGAAUGUAUGCCACUUUGGAUUCCCAAACACACCCUGUCUCUUUCCAUGCCCAUCUCAUGCACUAUACAAACACACCCAUCUGCUAACACCCUGUCCAUACGGCGAGUGGCUAUUUAAAUGUAGAAACAAUUUCAAAGUGAUGGGAUAGAGCUACAGGCUGACAGACCACUGUUAAGGUGCCAUCUCCUCUUUAUAAGCAUGCAUGCACGAGCACACACACACACACAAACACACACAUACACCACUCUGCCGACUUUGACCGCCCACAUGCUAAUAUUUACGGAGCAUUUCCUUGGUUUACAUUUCCUCAUUAAACUCUCCAUUAAGGGUUUAAGAAACUGACUCCGGAGGUCUCUGGAAAUACAACGGACCCUUUGAAGUAGCAUCAGUGUAUCUUUCACCUCUGAACCACUAGGGUUAAGAAAAAAUAUGAAUAUCGACCAUAUCUGAUAUACUAAGCACUCUACAACCCUACCAAGAGGUCUAGACACUUUGGUACAGUUUAAACCAUGUUGGGUUGGCAUGUACAAUACAGUGCCACAAGUUGGAGCCCUGCUCCCGACUUUUCCCCUGAAUACACUGCAAAUGGAUUUCGAGUGUCAGUUUAGAUCCAAUCUCCUCUGUGUCUCUGAUAGUAACUCCUCUGGUCCCUCUCAGAUUUGUCAUUUACCAUUAAUGAGGAAGUAAUGGGGCUCCGAUCUUCCUCUUGUGGUCAUUCAUCAACUAUCUCCCCUACUCUCUCAUCCUUUCUUUCCUCUGGCCAAAUGCUGAGAGAGAACGUCCCUCUAUCUGCUUUGCUACCAUGGCUAUUUGGCUAAUAAUAUAAUUAUAUUCAUAUUCUACUGCCUUCUCCUUUGUUGUUCCUUUGGAGGCCAGCAGUAAAGUUACAAGAUCAAGGAUAUACAGUUGGCUUAUAUGGCUGAUAAAUAACCGCCACAGGAAGUUGAGCUAAUACAAUAUGACAAACUCAUUCAGCAAGAGACCAGUGGCUGUAGAUGAGAGGAAAUGAGGUGGAUUACUGUAGAAGUUGUUGUCUAUAAUAAAUUAUCUCUCCCAUUUACACCUACAGACCAAUACACUCACCAGUCUCACACUGCUAGCAAAACAUUUGACUUCAGAUCUUGAGUACAAACCCGUUAGAGGUCAGGCUCCUCUGUUCCUCUGAGUAGCUCGGGGUGGAGGAGUAUUUGUGUUGGGCGUGAGCCGCUCCGACAGGUUGUUUUAUUAAACACGUCACCCAUAAUUCACAAAAUGGCUACAUUUAUGUUUUAAAUUCUCCCUUCAGCUGUAAGCUCGUACCCUCCAUCUGCAGAGUUUUCCUCCCUGACACUCUCUCGUGAACACACACACACACACACACACACACACACACACACACACACAGAGAGAGACAUCAUAUACUACAUCUGGGACUUCUUGUUGUGAAUUGUUUUUUUGUCAGUGAGUUUUAAAAGCUUGGACUUUAUAUUUUUCUAAAUAUAUAAAACACAAUAAUUAUCUGUUUAUGUAUUUGGAAUGGAAUACUUUAUAUAACUAUGAUUAUAUACAUUUGUUGACUGGGGCAGUGGGAGUGGUUUUGUGCUGUUUUAGCAUGUUUGCACAGCCUCCUACAGACAUGUACCUUUGCAGACCUGGUGAAAUUAACUAUAAACAACUAUCAAUAAAGUGAUAAUUACCUACA